UCGGGCGCGUCCCUGAGCCGCGGUUGUCCCUCGGCAGGGAAAGGGCUUGUUCGCCACCAGAAACAUUCGCAAAGGGGAAACAGUCUUCGUGGAGAGGCCGGUGGUGUCAUCCCAGUUCCUCUGGAAUGCCCUGUACAACUACCGAGCCUGUGAUCACUGUCUGCGGGCGCUGGAGACGGCGGAGGAGAACGCCCAGCGCCUGCUGGGGAAGAGCUCUCUGGUGCUGCCUCACCCGGAGCAGUGCAGCAUCCGGAAAGACCUGCACCAGCAGUGUCCCCGCUGCCAGGUGAUGUACUGCAGUGCAGAAUGCAGGCAGGCAGCUCUGGAGCAGUACCACCAGGUCCUCUGCCUCGGCCCGUCCCGCGACGACCCCACGCACCCCCUCAACAAGCUGCAGGAGGCAUGGAGGAACAUGCACUACCCCCCAGAGACUUCCAGCAUCAUGCUGAUGGCCAGGAUGGUCGCCACCAUCAAGCAGGCUAAGGACAAGGAGUGGUGGAUCAAGGCCUUCUCCCAGUUCUGCAGCAAGACAGCAAAUGAAGAAGAGGAGAUUGUGCACAAGCUGCUGGGGGACAAAUUUAAGGGCCAGCUGGAGCUGCUGCGGCUGCUCUUCACCGAAGCCCUUUAUGACGAAUAUCUCAGCAGGUGGUUCACUCCAGAAGGAUUUCGAUCCCUCUUUGCCCUCGUGGGGACCAAUGGCCAGGGCAUAGGAACCAGCUCCCUGAGCCAGUGGGUGCACGCGUGUGAUGCACUGGAUCUGCCCAUGCUGCAGCGGGAGGAGCUGGAUGCCUUCAUUGACCAGCUCUACAAGGACAUUGAGAAGGAGUCGGGAGAGUUCCUCAACUGCGAGGGCUCAGGGCUCUACGUGCUGCAGAGCUGCUGUAACCACAGCUGCAUCCCCAACGCUGAGACAUCCUUCCCAGAAAACAACUUCCUCCUGCAUCUCACUGCUCUGGAGGACAUCGAAGCAGGAGAGGAAAUCUGCAUCAGUUACUUAGACUGCUGUCAGAGGGAGCGGAGCAGACACAGCCGCAACAAGAUACUCAGGGAGAACUACUUGUUUACCUGCUCGUGUCCCAAGUGCCUCGCGCAAGCCGACGAUGCCGACGUGACAUCGGACGAAGAGGAGGAGGGCGAAGGAGAGACGGACGAUGCGGAGCUGGAGGAUGAGAUGACUGAUGUGUGAUCCUGGCCCCAGAGGAGAGGGAAGGGAGGGGCCUGGAGGUUCCUCCAAGAGGCAGCAGCUUUAAUACUAGAACAGGCUUGUGUUGUGGGGUCGGGCGGGCGCCGUGCCGGAGCGGGGCGGCCGGGAGCCGGAGGCAGGCCCUGCUCCCGCCUGUCCGUGUUGUCCCUGUGUGUGUGUGUGUGUGUGUGUGUGUGUGUGUGUGUCAGGCUGUCCCUGUCCUCCCUGUGAGGACAAGCUGUGAGCCAGCAGCCCUCCACCACAUCCCAGUUCCCAGCAGGGCUGGCUGGAGGAGAGUGGGGUCAGCCAGCCCCGGGCACCCGCGAGGUCGCUCCGCUGUGUCUGUGCAGGCUGUGCAUGCGGAGGAGCUUGUCCUCCCCACCCUGCAGGGACGAGGGGAACGCGUGUUGUGUGUGUGUCCGUGUGUCUGUGCACGAGGGUACUAUUUAAUGUCUAUAUUAGCACUAUCUACACACCAUGGAGCUGGGGCCCUUAUAUAUCCUGCAUUCCACGCCUUGGCCAGCAGUGAGGGGCAGGAGGAUCGUGCAGGGAACGCCCUGGAGGGUGGCCCAGAGCUGGAGUCCAGCAGGGAGCACAGAGCUGACCCUGCAGGCACCUCCUUCCUUGCUCAGCCCAUCCUCCCCAUGACGGAGCCCUGGGCAGCGCCUGCAGGACCGUUUGGGGAUGGAGAACGGCCAGGAGCUGACAUGGGCUGUGGUGCCAGCCCAAACCCAGAAGACACUUUGGGAUUUGCAGGGAGGGAGUUGUCCCUCCCUCCCUCCAGCUGUGGGACAGGGAUGUGCCCGUGCCUGGGGAUGCAGCGUGUGCCAGGUGCUUCCCUGCACCCAGUGCCACCACAUGGAGACGUGCCUGUGCAGUGGCCCCACUGGAUGUGUGUCCCCUUGUCAUCCAUCCCCUGCUGCCACCCUCAAGGCCACAGCACGUGGCGCUGUCCCUGUGUGCAGACAUGUGGCUGGAGGGACAGCACGGCUCCAAGUGACGCACAGGCAGCAGCUCAGGGAUGCAGCCGGGGUUAUUUCCUUCCUCUGUGGAUUUUGGGGAGCUGUUUUCCUGCUGCUGUGCCCGUGGCAGCUGGACUGUGGGACCGAGGGUGGCACACCCGUGACACUGCCAGCCCCGCCUCCCGCUGCUUGUCCCCGGCCGUCCCGGGGCCGCAUUCCCUUCAGUGUUCGUAAUAAACCGAGACUGGUGACAGCUGGGA